CAAAGCAAACAAGCAAGCAGUCUCUUUUACGGGUCGAUGGAGGGUCCGAUUUCCAAAAUACAGCACUCAAGCCCUCUCUCAACUACUUAUUUCAUUUCCCACUUCGCACGCAAAUCUCACAUCUCUCUCACCACUUCUUCUUCAAUGGCGGUUUCUUCGAAGAAGAAGACCAAUCCCUAACAUCUCCCCAAAACCCUUGGCCUUCCCUCUCUGUAACCUUCAAUGGCUAAACUCCAACUAACCACUCGCACAGUUCUCGAACCACUCGCAGACAUCAAUCCCUCUUCUCUCUCUUCCUCCAUUCGAUCCCUCGCUUUCUCCACCCUCUCCGAUUCCCAAACCCUAAUCUUCGCCGGCACCGAUUCCGGAACCCUUCUCUUGCUCUCCCUAGACCCUAAUUCACCUCCCAAUUCAAAUACCCAAAAUUCGAAUCAAUUCAACAACAACAAUAACAAUUCUGUGCCUGCAAAAAGUGUUUCUUUUCUGCGAUACACUUCGGUGAGCGUGUCAUCGGUGGAUUAUGUGCAUAUAAUUGAUCAUGUUGGGCAGGUUUUGGUGCUUUCAGGUGGGUUUUUGUUUCUUGUUGAUUUGCUUUUGCGUCAACCAGUUAGGAAGUUGGGGGUUUUCAAAGGGGUUAGUGUAGUUGCCAGGAGAGUUCGGAGCGGUGUUUCGGAGAGUACUGAUUUGGUGGGGGGAGAUAGUAGUGGUGCUAGUUCGUCGGAGUUUUCGAGAACGGGCCUAAGGUUGUUACAGAAACUUGGUGGUGCUAGUGGGAUUAGAUCGAAUGGCUUGAAAGUAAAAGAAUCAGAGCUUCAUAGGGAUGGUAAUUGUGUUUUCGCCAUUGUGACCGGUAGGAGAUUGGUGUUGGUGGAGCUUAGAAUUGGGAGGAGUGACAGUCAUGGUGACGAUGGUGGUGAUGGUGGGUCUUUUCUAAUUUUGAAAGAAAUUCAAUGUGUUGAUGGGGUUAAAACCAUGGUGUGGCUUGAUGAUUCAAUAAUCGUUGGUAGUUUAAGUGGGUACUUUUUGUAUUCUUGUGUUACCGGGCUAGGUGGCUUGAUAUUUUCACUUCCCGAUCCAGCUGGUCCGCGACUCAAAUUGUUGCUGAAAGAAUACAAGGUGUUGUUGUUGGUGGACAAUGUGGGGGUCAUUGUUAAUGCACAAGGGCAACCGGUUGGUGGAAGUUUGAUAUUCCGUCGUGCUCCAGAUUCUGUUGGGGAGAUAGCCUCAUGUGUAGCUGUUGUGAGGAAUGGGAAGAUGGAGUUGUAUCAUAAAAGAUCGGGCAACUGUAUUCAAAUUGUUUCUUUUGCUGAUGAAGAAGUUGGUUCAUGUGUUGUAGCAGAUGAAAAUGGGGGUGGGCAACUUAUUGUUGUAGCAACACCAUCCAAGGUUAUUUGCUAUGGGAAAGUACUGUCGGAAGAACAAAUCAAAGACCUGUUGCGCAAGAAGAACUUUGAGGAAGCCAUCUCCUUGGUGGAGGAGCUUCAAAGUGAAGGUGAAAUGACAAAGGAAAUGCUGUCCUUUGUUCAUGCUCAAGUGGGUUUCCUCUUGCUGUUUGACUUGCAUUUUGAGGAAGCAGUAAAUCACUUCUUGCUGUCAGAAACUAUGCAGCCUUCUGAAAUAUUCCCAUUUAUCAUGCGAGACCCAAAUCGGUGGUCAUUGCUGGUGCCACGGAACCGGUAUUGGGGCUUGCACCCUCCUCCUUCUCCACUUGAAAAUGUUGUUGAUGAUGGAUUGAUGGCCAUCCAAAGAGCUAUUUUUCUUAAAAAAGCAGGGGUGGAGACUGCAGUAGAUGAUGCUUUUCUUUUGAAUCCACCAAAUAGAGAUGAUUUACUGCAAUCGGCAAUAGAAAACAUCAUUAGGUAUUUACAUGUUUCUCGGGAAAAAGAUCUGACUCCUUUGGUGAAGGAAGGAGUUGACACUCUUCUGAUGUACCUCUAUAGAGCCCUAAAUCAUGUAGAAGAUAUGGAGAGGCUUGCAUCUUCUGAGAACAGUUGUAUAGUGGAGGAGUUAGAAACUUUGUUGAACGACUCCGGGAAUUUGCGGACGCUUGCCUUCCUGUAUGCAAGUAAAGGGAUGAGCUCUAAGGCUCUUGCUAUAUGGCGUAUCUUGUCAAGAAAUUACUCAUCUGGCCACUGGAAAGACCCUAAAGUGGAAAUGGACUCACAGCAGUCCUUGAAUAAUCAUAUUUCCGGCAAGGAGAUUGCUGCAAUUGAGGCGUCAAAGAUACUUGAGAAGUCAUCUGAUCAAGAUUUAGUACUGCAACAUAUUGGUUGGAUUGCAGAUGUUGACCAGGCACUUGCUGUUCGGGUAUUAACAUCAGAGAGAACUGAUCAGCUUUCACCAGAUGAAGUAAUUUCUGCUAUUGAUCCGAAGAAGGUGGAAAUUCUGCAAAGAUAUCUCCAGUGGUUGAUUGAAGAUCAAGAUUCUGAAGACACUCAGUUCCACACAACAUAUGCGCUCUUGCUUGCUAAAUCAGCAUUUGAAACAGCUAGUACCUCUCAAAAUUCUGAAGCAGGAAAUCUAGAAGAGACAAACAUGUCAAUGUUUCAAAGUCAUAUUAGAGAAAGAUUGCAGAUCUUUUUACAGUCUUCAGAACUAUAUGAUCCAGAAGAGGUCCUUGACUUGAUUGAAGGGUCAGAGUUAUGGUUGGAAAAGGCUAUUCUUUACAAGAAACUUGGCCAGGAAACAUUGGUGCUUCAAAUCCUUGCGUUGAAGCUGGAGGACAGUGAAGCUGCCGAACAAUAUUGUGCGGAGAUUGGUCGGCCUGAUGCCUAUAUGCAGUUGCUCGAAAUGUAUCUGGAUCCAAAAGAUGGUAAAGAGCCCAUGUUUAAAGCUGCAGUUCGUCUGCUCCACAAUCAUGGAGAAUCAUUGGAUCCUUUGCAAGUUCUAGAGAGAUUGUCUCCAGAUAUGCCCCUCCAACUUGCUUCAGAUACAAUUUUAAGAAUGUUGAGAGCUCGAUUGCAUCAUCAUCGUCAAGGACUAAUAGUGCAUAGCCUAUCUCGUGCUAUUGACAUUGAUGCGAGUUUGGGAAGGCUGGAGGAAAGAUCACGACAUGUGCAGAUAAACGAUGAGAGCCUGUGUGAUUCUUGUCAUGCCCGCCUCGGCACCAAGCUAUUUGCAAUGUACCCAGAUGAUACCAUUGUUUGUUACAAGUGUUUCCGCCGUCAGGGUGAGUCCAAAUCCAUCACAGAUCGGGACUUCAAGCGAGAUCCCAUGUUUAAAGCUGGUUGGCUGGUGACCCGAUGACCUUGCAGAAAGAUUUAUUUUGGGCCUGCAACCUGCCUACGUAGUGGGUGAUGAUCUAUAGCUUUAGCUUACACUAAGAUUUGAGCAAUUUCAUCUCUCUUUUAUUGGCUCAGGGGAGUUAAGAUUGCGUCUCUUGGGCGAGAUCUAGUAGCCAUGGAGAUCAAUCGUUCAUCAUAUCCGAUGAAGUUUUGUUUGUUUGUCAGCUGGUUGAGACGGUGGAGUUCAGGAGGAAGAACCUUGUGUAGCCGACCUUUUGGAUGAUGAGUUGGGGAAUGAGAUCAAAAUCUGUUAUAUAUGCCGUCACUUUGUUGUACAUAACUGAUUGCUGAUACUAACAGUUUCUCUUGGAAAACAGAAAAAAUGAUAAAAUGAAUUUGAUUGUUUGCUGCAUGAGGUUUUUUCGUUUUUUGUAUUUUAUGCUAAUUUGAUAUGCUUUGUAAUAAUUUUUAUGACUUAUCUGAUCAUAUUCUGGAAAUGCAACGAGAAGGGUUUUUUGUUGGGUUAA